UCACUUGGAAUUUGUUUUAUGAUUUAUUCAUUUGUCUGUUUGUGUAUAUGUCUUGGUAGACUGGUAAAUGCAAGAACAGAAUUCUUUCAUAGACAAACUUGUCCCCAGGAAAGUACAUGAGACAGAAUCUGAACCAAGGCAUGUGAGCUAAAAGAAGGAAGGAUGGAAAGGAAAGGGUCAGGCUCACAGACGGCCCCAGGCAGAGGUAUGUGGACAGUCACCAUGCUUCCUGGUUGAAUCUCAUUAGUUGGACAUUGUGCAAGUGCCCAAGAAAAAGGAGGGAAGCCUAGUGCCAGGGGUGUGCCAGACUGUCACCCUCUCCCUGAUUGGGAAACCAGCAGCAUGCGUGGGCAUGCAUCAUGAACCCAGAACAGGAUAAAAGGGAUCCUGCCCUGGGCUCUUCAUCCACAGCCUCCUCAGGAACGAGCCACUCCUGCCUCCUCUGCAUCCGGCUCACUCACCUCCCGCCGAGAUGUCCUCCCAGCAGCACCAGCAGCAGUGCCAGCCCCCUCCCAAGUGCCCCUCGCCCAAGUGCCCCCCAAAGAGCCCCGCACAGUGUUCACCUCCAGCCUCCUCGGGCUGUGCUCCAAGCUCCGAGGGCGGCUGCUGCCUGAGCCACCAUGGGCGCCGCAGGUCCCACCGAUGCCGGCGCCGGAGCUCCAACUCCUGUGACCGUGGCAGUGGUCAGCAGUCCGGGGACUCCAGCUGUGGCCAGGGCUCUGGGGGCUGCUGCUGACCUGGGCUCCUGACGCUGAGAUGAACAACUCCAGAGGAAACAAGAAUCCAAAGGGUCAAGGAAAAGCCCAGCCUGACACAUCCUUUCCCAGAUACAACAUCCUCACUUUCCCAGCCUGAGCUGGGGAUGUUCCAUGGAGGACUUGGAGCUCUCUCCGGAAGGCUCUUUCUGUCCUAUGUCCAGGAUCUCACAGUUCCCCCACCCCCUGCAUGUGCAAUGAUUGGCAGGGCCUGUGCUUGACUGUGAAAAAUAAAGCUUCUCUUCCUCGUUA